UUUAGUAUUUUCUUCUCGAAUUAAAUUCUCUAUACCUCUAUUAUUUACAUGCAUCACAUUUUUUUUCAGCAUCUUCAUUUUCUUAAAAAAUAUACUAACCCCCCUCCACUUUCCAUGGCCCUUUUUAAUGUUUUUUUGCUUGGCGUGGUCCUUCUUAUAUAUUUAUAUAUACCCCUUCAAGCGUUGCUCAUUUCCGCCAAUUUUCCAUCUCUGGCUAUUUUUUUUCUUUCUCUAUAAAAUUUUUUUCUUGCAAGAACCAAAAGAACACAUUGAGGGGAAGGGUUUUUGACUGAAAAACCUUUCGAUAUUUUUCUGGUUUUUUUUGGUGUUGUUAUAUAUCCUUUUUAGCAGAGCGUUGUUAAGAAAAGAACUAUUUUCCUCUAUUUCCUUGUUUCCUUUUCCUGUAAGUUUUUUUAAAAAGAAAAGGGGGGGG